UUUGCUUCUCCUGAUCCUUGUGAGUCAUGAGGAGGAAGAAGCAGCAGAGGAGUCGGAGCAAAGGGAAGAUGGAGGAGUUUUCCCGCUGCGUGACGGAGGCUGGCGGCUGGCUGAGGAGCUGCUGCUGCUGCCAGGAGGAGGAGGAGGAGGAAGAUGGAGGACCGGAGGAGGAGGACAGUCCCAGGAGCUGCAGGAACUGGACCUCCAUCCCGCCUUCUGUGGUGGAUCAUGAAGCUACCGACCCGUCUGGACCUCAGCCUUACUGGUUCCACACGCUGCAGGUCCGACGGCUCAGGAUUCCACGAGGACGAAGCAACAGUGACCCACUAAGAGCAGCGACUGCGCAGGAAGUCUUCACCUGGAAAGCGGGUCUGGAGUUCGGAGCGGCCCAGUCGUACCUGAGUCUGGAGAAGCUGGGAGAAGGAGCGUUUGCCUCCGUCUACAAGGGCAUAAGCAGGAUCAACGGCCAGCUGGUGGCUCUGAAGGUGAUCCGUAUGAAGACAGACGAGGGGAUCCCGUUCACCGCCAUCAGAGAAGCCUCUCUCUUAAAGCAUCUGAAACAUGCCAACGUUGUCCUUCUGCAUGACAUCAUCCACACCAGAGAGACGCUCACCUUCGUCUUUGAAUAUGUGUGUAGUAGCUGCUGUCUUCCUGCAGGGGGCAGUGCAGCCCACAGUGGUAGAUUGAAGCAUUCUGAUCCUUGUGUUGCUGCUGCAGCAGACAGAUCUGGCCCAGUACAUGACGCAGCACCCCGGAGGACUUCAUUCGCACAACGUGCGGAUCUUCAUGUUCCAGCUGCUGCGGGCCCUCAGCUACAUCCACAGUCGCAGGAUCCUGCACCGAGACCUGAAGCCCCACAACCUGCUCAUCAGCUACCUGGGAGAGCUCAAGCUGGCCGACUUCGAAAAAGCACAGGCCUCUGCUGUGCUUUUAACCCUGAGGGACUCCAUGGUGCAGGGCUGGCCCGGUCCAAGUCCAUUCCCGCCCAGAACUUCUCCUCAGAGGUGGUGACGCUGUGCUAUCGCCCCCCCGACGUUCUGAUGGGAUCCAUCCGCUAUUCUACGGCCCUGGACAUGUGGGGGGCGGGCUGCAUCUUCAUAGAGAUGCUGCAGGGAGCGCCAGCGUUCGCAGGAGGUUCUGAUGAGCUGGAGCAGCUGCAGAACAUCUGGACGGUUCUGGGCGUCCCGUCAGAGGACAGCUGGCCUGGGGUCAGUCUGCUGCCUAAUUACACACCAGAGCGCUUCAUUCACUGCAGGCCGAAGCUUUUUAGAGAUGUCUGGAAAAGGUUGGAGCAGCUGUCCUGUAAGACUGAUGACCUGGUCCAGAAGAUGCUCAGGCUGGUUCCGACAGAACGGAUUUCAGCUCAGGAGGCUUUGCAGCAUCCAUAUUUUAGCACGCUUCCUGCUCCCAUCAUGCACCUCAGAGACGCUGUGUCCAUCUUCAAAGUUCCUGGAGUUCGCCUGGAGACAGAGUUCAGAGACAUCUUGAACCCCAGACAGAAACUGAAGUCUGCUCGGCUUCCUGCUGCCGGCUGUUGGUGAUCAAACCGCAAAUCAGAUCAACUGGACCUGACGAGACAAGGAAGGGGCAAACCAACCCUUUAGGUAGACGGAUUCAUAAACUAGGGAUGGAUUUCUGAUGCGCUGGUCCAGGGUGGCUGCGGCUACGAUGCAGUGGCUCUCCCCCCAUCAGAGGCCACUGAAGCUUUGGAGUCCUCUGGACUUGAUCAACACUCUGCAGAACAUUUUGCAGAGAACCCAAAUAAAACGUUGAGCGUCUCA